AUGAUACCGAGCACCACCCUGCGUCUGUUGCGCGCAGGAGCACCUCGCUUACACGGACGACGAUUUGCGUCGCAUGGCACCCCUCAGUACAACGAACCUUCUGGAUGGCUCUUUGGUGAAAAGCCUCUCGCCUCGGGCCAGAAGCGAGUGAAAGAAGAUUGGGAGAACAUUUGGUACAUUGGGAUGUUUGGUACAAUGGCCUUCGCAUCGGUGAUGCUGUACUACAAACCUGACACAAGCAUUCAGACAUGGGCGUUAGAAGAGGCCAAACAACGGAUGGAGGCGCGUGGCGAGAAGUACAAAUACGAGCCAUCACAGAAAUCAUAA